AUGGACGAAGGACAGCAGCAAACAUCUGGCAGAGAACUUGCCAGCAAAGAAGAGAUCCUGGCCGAGUUUGAUCGCUUUUGGACCACGAUUGACAACGAAAUGACGAGCAAAGACCCUGGACGUAACGGGCAGUCACCGUACAUCCUCGUCAACUACCAGCAUCAUGCUAUACCUCGAACCGAUAUGAAUGUGGAUCGUGUGAUCUGCUAUCGCCCGGCACCUACAUACGACCUUUCCUCGAUUCAUAUACCUGUAAUUUGUCGACCCGACACUGGCUUGUGGGGCAUUCCCAUGGAUGUGAGCUUUGAAAUGCUGCUUGUUGAAGCCAGAAUAUGGAGCCACCAGCAAACACGUCUCUUCGUACCGUUCAUGUUCCUCAACGGGUUCAAUGUCGAGAUGGUCAUCAUCAAUCGCAGCGAAUUAAUGGUCACCAGCAACAUUGGGCGGUUUAAUAGUCGUCCCGGACCAGCACCUGCUACCGCAUACAGCGAGUACACGAAAGCCAUGCAAAGGAUGCCUUAUUUUAUGAAUUUGCCAGCCGAGAAAUUUGGACAUGUCUGCGCCUACUCGCAUAAACCGCAGGGAUUCAAAUUCACUCCACAAGGCGACAAGUUUGCGAUGGCAGCAGUAGACGAAUGUUGUCAGGGUACGUUCAAGAUGGACGGAGUAUCGUAUUUCAUCGGAGGUACUUCACGUCGGCUGGACCACAUUAUCUAUGGAACGUUUAAUGGCCACCAAGUGGUACUGAAGAUCGCUUGGGUCCCAGCCAACGAGCCUGCUGUGUUUGCAGCAGAUGCCAUAGCAGCUCCGAGGGUAUUCCAGCGUGGAAUUAUUGUGAAGAACUAUGCUGGAUUCCGCAUGGAGUUCAUCAUUUUCAAGGACACUUCCACCACCGCUUAG